ACAAACCCUUCCCUCCCCGGAGUCCCACCUUUCUUGGUCCUAACGGCUCGCCAACCGCCCACGUUUCUCACAAUUCCACAUGCAUUCACUCUCAAGUCUCACCCCACCCCUCCCCUCUUUAUAUCCCCUUCCCUCUCCACCUCCCCACCUUGCAAAAAUGUACUCCAUCCACGACCACAUGCUCCACUGCCCCCCACUGCCUUCAGUGGACCGCAACUGGAAGUCCGCCACCGAGCUUGCCCCCAACUGCCCUCGCUGCGCCUCCUCCAACACCAAGUUCUGCUACUACAACAACUACAGCCUGUCUCAGCCCAGGUACUUCUGUAAGGGAUGCCGAAGGUACUGGACCAAAGGCGGUUCUCUCAGGAAUGUCCCUGUCGGCGGCGGUUGUCGCAGGAACCGCCGCACCAAGUCCGCUAGGCUGUUGCAAAGCAAUCGGAAGAGCUUUAGUAGUUUAGAUACGAACCAUAGUUCUCCUCAAUCCGACUCAAUGAGUGAACUCGCUUCCUCCAACGGAUCAUCAGAUAUUGAUUUAGCAGCUGUUUUUGCCAAAUUCUUGAAUAAUGAUAAUCAAAACACAAGCUUUUCGCCAGAUUUCGUCAGUCAAGAAUCGGCUCCGACGGACGAGACUAAUUCGAAUUCUUUGAAAUCCAACGGCGGCCCGUCCGAUUCGAUCCAGAAAAUACCGCAAUCACUUCUGACGCCAUCGCAAGAGCAGACCAGUAUUCAGGAGUUCUGGGAAACGGACAUGAAUGUCUUGGGAUUGCAGAAUUUGUUAAACGAUGAUGCCGUACAAGAUGCUCUGUGGCCCGAUACCGCUACAAUGACGACGGCGAACCUUUCGUGGCAACCGGUAAUGCAAAUGCAAGAGUUGGAUUCCUUUGCCGCCGAUCAUGAUCUGCUAAAGAAUUUUUCCACGAACUUAGUGACUGAUAUUUGGAGUACUCCCUUGGAUCCUACAAGUUUCGAGAUUUUUUCUAAACCUUGAUGUAGAAUUUAAUUAGUUAUAUUACUUGUUUUCGUUUGUUUCUUUCUUAAAUCUUCUUCUCAUUUCUUAAAGUGAAGAAUGGAGAGGAGAUAAUACUUUCUUAUAAAUUCAUGAAAGUGAA